UCUCUCUCUCUCUCUCUCUCUCUGUAUUGUAACAUGGUCUUCGUUGAUAAAUCCCCAAAAUCCAGAGGUGAUGCACAGUUUCAUAACCUGUAGAAGCAUAAGAGAUUAAUCAAUGGAGAGCACUGACUCAUCGACAAAUCCACCGCAGCCUCAGCUCCCUCCGGGCUUUCGCUUUCACCCCACCGAUGAAGAACUGGUUGUUCACUAUCUCAAGAAAAAGGCCGCCUCUGCUCCUCUUCCUGUUGCAAUUAUAGCUGACAUCGAUCUUUACAAGUUUGAUCCAUGGGAACUUCCAGCUAAGGCUACGUUUGGGGAACAAGAAUGGUACUUUUUUAGCCCAAGGGAUCGAAAAUACCCAAACGGGGCAAGGCCUAACAGGGCUGCGACUUCUGGGUAUUGGAAGGCUACGGGGACUGAUAAGCCUGUAAUGACCUCUGGUGGGACUCAGAAGGUUGGUGUUAAAAAGGCACUAGUCUUUUAUGGAGGUAAGCCACCUAAAGGGAUCAAAACCAAUUGGAUCAUGCAUGAGUAUAGGCUUGCCGACAACAAAUCCAAUACCAAGCCUCCUGGCUACGAUGUGGGCAACAGAAAAGGCUCCUUAAGGCUUGAUGAUUGGGUGUUAUGUCGAAUCUACAAGAAGAAUAAUACACAGAGACCGAUGGAUAAUGAGAGGGAAGACUCGAUGAAUGGCAUGCUUGGAUCGAUACCACUUGGCCAGCAAAAUCCAAAAUUUCCGACAAUAAAGUCAAACUAUAGUACAUUGCUCGGACACGAACAGAACUUGUUCGAAGGGAUGAUUAGCAGUGAUGGAAUCCACAGUGGGUCUAUGUCUCAGUUGGCCUCAUGUAGUUCAAAGCCACAGCUUCCCAUGAUGACUGCGGCAGCAGCGGUGGCGGUGGCAUCCGCCACCACCCUCCCCGUGAAGCCUACACUUCCAAAUAUAUACUGGAAUGAUGAGGGUUCGGCUGGUUCUCCAUCUACCAAGAGAUUUGUUCAUGAUAAUGGAGAUGAAAGCGUUGCCAGAACAGCUGAGAACAGUUCUAUGGCCACUUUCCUCAGCCAGCUUCCACCAACCCCUUCAUUACACCAACAAGCUAUGUUGGGUUCUCUUGGUGAUGGGGUAUUUCGACAACCCUAUCAACUCCCUACGGGCAUGAAUUGGUACUCCUAAAUCGGAUAAAAAAUACAGAAUAGCCCAGUGCACGAAACUUCUGUCACUACAAAGUGAGAGGAGACAGCUGCUAAGUUGUGGAUUGCUGGGUUGGAUAUAAGGACUUUGCUGGUCGGGAAAAGGUAUAUUGAAGAUUUGUUAGAUGGUCUACAGUGUCUGGGCUUGUCUGGCCAUAUUUAGGUGAGCUAGCUGUAUAUAAUUUUACAGUCAGUCAUAUAGAAAAAUUACAUGCAUCUUGGGUUGUUCAAUGCAGAGAUGCAAAUAACUAUUUUAGUCUUCAUCACAUAGAAAACUAGAACAGAGAAUUACAGCACUGUUUUGUUCUAGAAUUCAGUUGUAUUUGAAAAACUUGAAGAGAUUGUAGUAAUAUAAUUUAUUGCUGCUGAUUGUAAGAAGAAAGAGUACUAUGAUUUAUGUUUCUUUCUUCUUUUCUUUUUGUUAUUUUGCGACACUGACAUGGUACUGUGCUGAGAUAGACGCCAUGAACUCCGAUGUUUUUCCUUCAUACACAAUCCGAUGUACCAAGUCAAUAUUAUUAUUUGCUGACAUAAUUUGUUGACAUAAUCUAUCACAACUAUGUGAUUAGUUGUGGAAUAAAUUAGGUGUAAGAUACCUUGCUAGUCUAAGUACUUGAAGAUAGAGUUUGGUUUUUGGACUCUUUACAUUGAAAUGCAGUCGUUGCAGAAAUCCUAGAAGGUAAGAAGUUAAACAUGUUUUAAUUAUCUUUAUCCUUCUUUUGAUGAUCUUGCUUUUGUAUACACAACUUGCAAAUGUGAAAGGUGA